AUGAAACUGAAGAAAACUGGUGUUUCAGCGCGAGUUAUAAAUGCAAUGUUCAGCCAAUGGGGAAUAGCAGAAAGUGCAGUAUCAAAUAUGGGAUGGAACAUAAGCGGAGAAUUAUGCAGCGGCACUGCCGUUGACACUACCACCGACUUCGAUUCCCAGGGUUACAAUCCCGGCAUCAAAUGCGACUGUAAUAUCCCCAAUUCUACUACUUGCCACAUCACCCGACUAAAAGUUUAUGCAAUGGACGCUGUGGGCCCGAUCCCAGAAGGACUUUGGACUUUGAGAUACCUUACAAAUCUUAAUUUAGCCCAGAAUUACUUGACAGGUCCCUUGUCACCUUCCAUUGGCAGUUUAACUCGUAUGCAGUACAUGAGUAUCAGCAUAAAUGCGUUAUCAGGGCAGGUUCCACCAGAGCUAGGACAGCUUACUGACCUUAUAUCACUGGCAUUUGGCACAAACAAUUUCAGUGGUUCCCUGCCCUCUGAACUUGGAAAUCUGAGAAGAUUACAACAGCUUUACAUUGAUAGUGCUGGAGUUGGUGGUGAUAUACCUCCUACUUUUGCUAAUUUACAGAACCUGCAGACAGUAUGGGCUUCUGAUAAUAAUUUCACAGGCAGAAUACCGGACUUUAUAGGAAAUUGGUCACAGUUACGAUCCUUGAGGUUUGAGGGGAACUCUUUUGAAGGUUCAAUACCACCUUCAUUUUCUAAUCUGACCCUUUUACAAGACCUGAGGAUAAGUGGUUUAUCUAAUGGAACUCUGGAUUUUAUUCAGAACUUGAAGUCCCCUGAAAUGUUGAGGUAUAACAGAAUUUCUGGCUCUUUUCCAAGUGGCAUAGUAGAAUUUGUAAACCUGACACAACUGGAUUUUAGUUUCAACAACUUGAGGGGGGAGAUUCCAAAUGGAUUGUUCUACAUGAGGCAAAUAUCUUUCUUGUUUCUUGGAAACAAUAGUUUAUCUGGUGCUAUUCCCGGUGGUUUGGCUUUGAACUCGCCUCUCCGCAUUAUUGAUCUGUCAUACAAUAAACUAUCUGGGACACUUCCUUUCUGGGCCACUGAUCCGACCUUACAAGUGUAUACACUUGUUUCUUUAAAUAUUGAAUUUAAAUUCUGA